AGACACCUUUCACAUUGAGAAACCUCUUUCCCAAAGCUCUUACCUAAACGACCGAAACUAUGGCUGCAACCGCCACAGCACUGGUGAUGAGAGAGGUUAAUAGCCCUCUUAGCCUGGAGAAUAUUCGCUUGGAUGACCUGAGAUCCGACGAAGUGCUUGUCGAAAUCCAUGCGACAGGCAUCUGCCAUACCGAUCUCUCUUGUAUGAACGGACAUUUACCUGCAUCUGCUCCUUGUGUUUUUGGACACGAAGGGGCUGGCGUUGUCGUGAAAACCGGCAGCAGCAUCACACAUCUCCAUGCAGACGACAAGGUGUUAUUGAGCUAUGCUUUCUGCGGAGAUUGUGAGCAAUGCACCAGCGAACAUCCAGCAUAUUGCAAGCAGUGGGUGCCGAACAAUUUCGGUCAACAAAGGUCGGACGGGAGCUUUACCCUAUCCUUCCCGAACGGAGACCCCUUGCGUGGGAAUUUCUUCGGUCAGAGUUCCUUUGCCAGUUUGGCCAUUGUGCAUGCAUCAUGUGUUGUGAAAGUGGAUCCUGAAUGUCCACUGGAUAGAUUCGCACCACUAGGUUGUGGCUUCCAGACUGGGGCAGGUGCAGUUAUGAACACACUUGAUGUGCAACCCGGAUCCAGUUUAGCUAUUUUCGGUGCGGGCUCCGUAGGUAUGAGUGCUAUCAUGGCGGGAAAAAUACGUGGUGCAAGGACCAUCAUCGCCGUGGAUUUGAAUCAAGAUCGACUAGACCUUGCGAAGAGACUUGGGGCAACACAUACAAUUAUGGGAUCUGAUGAGGACAUAGUCAAGCAGAUCCAGGCAAUUUGCCCUCCACAUGGAGUGCAGUAUGCCGUUGAUUGUACCGGUGUUCCAGCUGUUGUUGAGAACGCUAUCCAGGCGCUUGGAACUCGGGGAAAACUGGCGACUGUUGGUGCUUCAGCACCCGGGAAAACAGUCAAGGUCGAUCUAUUCUCACAACUGGUUUUCGGUCGCCAGUACGUAGGAUGCUGUGAGGGAGACGGACAGCCCGAGAAGUUUCUGCCAUAUCUCAUUGAGCAAAAUUCCCAAGGAAAUUAUCCCAUUGAGGAACUCAUCAAGAACUACCCCAUUGAGAAAUACGAUGAAGCAAUCAGCGACAUGAAGACUGGAAAGACCUUGAAGGCAGUGCUAUUGUGGAAGUAGCAUUGUAGCCUCCGAGAAGUUCCAUAGCUACCAGAACGCAAUGACUUAGGAUACUGGAUGAGAAUAAUGAUAGAGUUGAUGAAUUUGGUGGAGUUGUUGUAAUGCGGAGUAAAGAAGCGAUGGGAUUAAGCAGCCUGAUCAUGUGAUUCACACAUCUACAC